GAAACGAAACGAUCGCGAUCGCGAGUGAGAUGUGCCGCAUCUGAAGCGGGCUACGGAUUAAGUGUUGCGGGUUACGGCUUACGGCUUACGGGCAGACGAUUCAAUGGCCAGCAGACGCCGCCUGCAGCUGCUGCUCCUGCUGGUCCUGCUGGUUCUGCAGUUGAUCGGCACCACGCCGGCGUCUCGCAGCCUCAGUGUCAACGGGAACAACAUCUGGCGAAGAGUGCGUCUCGUGACCAGCCAGGAGAGCGAUCGCAAUGCUUACCAGGUGCUCAAGCCGAGCAGCCGCAACUCCACCUCCACCUCCACCUCCAAGAGUACCACCACAAGUCCAAGCACAACUAGCACUAGCACCACAUCCACACCCACAUCGACAGCCAUUCCUCCACACUCACAAAGAUCAGCAAAGCAAUUGGAUCUCAACUUUCCGGGCAGCAACGUCUCGAAUGCCGCCCGCCUGGAAAUGUCCACGGAAUUCUUCGUGGUGCCCACUCUGACGGCCAGCAGCACCACCAGCAGCAGCAGCUCCACCACGUCCACGCCCACGAGGAGUCUGGGAGCCAGAGCCCGAUCCGCCAGCACACCCCGAGACAGCCAGGGGAACAGUAGCGGCCACGGACACAGCCACGGCCACGGCCAUGGCCACGGUACCCCUCCAAGCAUCGUGUCCACGCACCUGCCCUUCGCCGGACUCCGGAAGGAGCCGUGGGUGGUGCCGGUGCUGGUGCUGGCCACUCUCACCAUGCUCAUGAUGGCCGCCUUCGAAAUAUUCGUGCUGUUCAAGGCCUGGCGAACCUCGCCCUCGCGACGUCACCUCUUCCUGGGCCAGAUGCUGCUGCUUGGACUGUUCGCCUGCGCCAGCCUGGGCGCCAUUAUUACCGCCCAGCCCACGCUCCUCAGCUGCGGGGCGAUCCGCUUUGGGGUGGGUGUUGCCUACGCCCUUGUCUUCGCCGCCCUCCUGGUGAAGUGCGUCUUCCUGAUCAGCCUGAACGGGGGAGUAUACCUGCCGGCACCAUACCAGGGCCUGCUGCUGCUCUUCGCACUUCUCAUCCAGGUGGCCAUCGGGGGUCAGUGGCUGCUUACCCAGCCGCCCGAGGUGUACACCACCAGUGUGCCAGUGAUGGGCAGCGGAUUCCUCUCCACAACGGUGGCCUCGCAGACGAAUUACUCGGCGCUGUUCUACCCCACGUCAUACACCACGCUGGACGGAACGCCGGAGAUCUACACGAGAAUUGCGGCGGUCAGUACGGUCCUGAUCCCGCUGUGUAAGACGCAGUUCUCGGAGCUGCUCUUCUCGCUGAUCUACAUCGUGUUCCUCAUCGUGUUCAUCGCCGUGCUGGCCAUCAAGUCGCGCGGAAUACGUGACAACUACCGCGAGGCCACCUACAUUGGCCUGGCCAUCGGCGGCGCCAUUCCCAUCUGGCUGGGCUGGAUGCUGUGCGGCCUGGCCGUGGCGGAGCGGCACAAGGACGCGUGCAUCGCCUUCGGACUGGUGGCCACCUCGGCCACCGUCUUCCUGGUGAUGUUCAUGCCCAAGGGCAGGCAGCUGGCCGCCAUGGGCAAGGAGGGGCUCUACGUCGAGGAUCGGGAGGAGCAGUUCAGCUCUCUAAGUCGCGCUGGGUCCGGCUACUCGCCCUCCUUCUUCCACUUCAAGCCUAUCAAGUACGGGGUGAUGAGCGGCUGUGGGAUUCCCAACUCCGCCUCCAAUACGGGCCAGGGCCUGAGCUCCAAGCACUGUUCCAGUGCCAACAAUGGUGGAGAUCGGGUUGCUUUGGUCACCGCCGCACCGCCGAGCUAUACACGUAUGUAUCACUAUUUUCCAGCACAUUUGAGCCCGCACCCGUUCUGUUAUUAUCCACCCGCACCACCACCACCACUGCCACCGCAACCACCGCCACCACAGCAAGCUGCACCGCCCACGCUCACGCCGUUGACCCUCAAACAGUUGGGCAACUCCCUAACCUCCAUGACACAAGCGGCGCAAUUGGCCAAAACGUUGCGCUAUGCGCCAGGCAUGUUCAUACGACCCGACGAAACGAAUCUGUACACGACGCUGGAGCCGACGUUGAGCACCAAUCCGAAUGUUUACUUCCAACGCAGCGGAGCCGUCCAUCCCGGUAUCCUUUACUAG